AUGGAGCCAGAGGAGCCUCAACAGCCCAUUCCUGAGUGCCCCAUCUGCUACGUCCCCUAUGACAACAUUUUCCAGACGCCCCUGCUCCUGCCGUGCUCCCACACCUUCUGCCUGGAGUGCCUCUCCAGGUUGUGUGUCUUCCUGAAACAAUCCCAGGCACUCCAGUGCCCUCUCUGCAGAGCCAGUGUGUCCAUUCCCCACGGAGGGGUCCCCAACCUCCUGCCAAACAUGGCUGUCAUCACCCAGUUCCCUCCGUGGAUGCAGACACUGCAGGAGGUCUGGCUGGAUGGAUACAAGCUCUACUGCAUCCAAAAGCCUCUGUCAAGUGGUCAAGUCAGUGCCAGGGAAGAAGGCCCUGAGAUGCUGAUUACAGUGGAGCUGCUGCACAACCCGGCUCCUCGAGAUACCCACUUGGCAGACUUAAUCCACGUCCACCGUCCCCUCCAUCUGUCCAUGUGCAGACAGCUGUGCCAUGCCCUGUGGGAGUAUCGCAUCAGGGUGUUUUGGGUCACAGUCCUGCUGGGCGUACUGACUGUUUUACUCAUGUCACUGAUUUACAAGUGA